AUGAGUAAAUAACCUGAAUAUAUACUUGAUUCAUAUAAAGUGCCAUAUUAUUUAUAAGAUUCAUGCGUAGAUGAAUAUGUGUACUACCAAUAAUGUCUAAGACACAAUCCCAGAUUUUUUGAAAAUAAAUUGAUACAUUCAUUACCAUUUGCAAGUGCUUUAAGUAAUUGUGCAAAAAAAUAGCAAAUAUUUGUGAGAGUAAAUAAAACUUUCAAUAUUUUAGUGUCAAGAAUAUAGAGAAAGAGAAUUAUUUGAAGAAAUGCGAAAGAUCUAUGUAGAUAGUGUAAGAAAAGGAGAAGAAAGAUGAAUUAUUGU